AUGGAGUCCAACAAAUCACCCCCAGAGAUUCAGUUCGACAAAAACGGUUCACCGUUUCUACGCCUGCCCGCCCCGCACAACCACAUCAUCCUCACCCCACCCCGGCCAACAGACGGGCCCGCAAUGAUUGAGAUGCACAACGAUCCCGCCAUCUACAUGACGCUGUUUUCGCCCCCGUUCCCGUUCACCCAGCGAAGCUUUGAUGAUUUCUACCCCAUCAUGUCCGGCACAACGCAGAAGGCGUGGGAAGAGUACCAAGAAGGCAAAGCGGUAGAAGGAAGAGAGAAGUGGGUGAGCGCGGGAUUGCCGGUGACGUGUAUUCGAGUGGCGAAGGGAGAGCCUACGGGGGAGGAGAAGAUGUUGGGGGAUUUCACGAUCAAGAAGCGUCGAUAUGUGAGCAUCAAGGAUCUGGAGGCGAGGGCGGAGCGGAAGGGUGAGAACGAUGGAUGGCCGGCUGGUGAUCCGAGAAUCGAGUGGGAGCUUGGUUUCUACCUUUCCCCGACCCUCCACGGCCAAGGUAUCAUGCCCGCCGUCGUCCGCACUAUGACCGAGGCAUUCUUCAUUCCGUUCAUGAACACACACCGCAUCAGCGGCGGUUUCUUCAUCCACAACCUCGCCAGUAGGAGAGUGUUUGAGAAGAACGGCUAUGUGUUCACAGGUGCCUUCCCUAAUGUUUUCGAGAUGCAUGAGAGCAAGGCUGGCAUCAAGGGGAAGAUGAUCGACUUGGGAAUCAUGGAGUGGACUAGGCCGGAAUGA